CACCUACCAUUCUGUUCUCUAUAGUUUGUUUGGGUUAAGAUAUUCGCGACCAUGAGUGAUUCUUUCAGAUCCAUUCUCCAGACGGUCGUGCCUGACGACGGUACGCGCGACUCGCUCAUCAGCUCCGUCAUUCCAUUCCUGUUAGGCAGCGUAGCUGAGAUCGCAAAGGCCUUGCGCGAAUCGCACCAUGUCGCGACCAUGGGUACUGCCAACUCGUUUGGCGAUAACCAACUCAACGUGGACGUGGAGGCCGAGAAACUGAUCCGCAAAGCCAUCUCACGCUGUCCCUUCAUCCUCACCGCCAGCAGCGAAGAAGACCCCGUCGAGCGCGCCGUCAGGGACAAGUCCGGAACGGGGCAGUACUGCGUCGCCUUCGACCCGCUCGACGGGAGCUCCAUCAUCCCCGCCAACUGGACCGUCGGAACCAUCCUCUCCAUCUGGGACGGUCCGUCGGCGCUGGGGCAGGUCCCCGCACAGCGACAGGUGGCCGCCAUCCUGGGCGUGUAUGGCCCGCGCACAACCGCCGUUGUGGCCGUGCGGAUCCCCGAGACGGGCAGGAGGACGUGUUUCGAGGUCGCCCUCGACGACAAGGGCUGGAUCAUGACCAAGUGGCGCGUUACGCGGCCCACUCUCACUCUCCUCAGCUCAAACUCGACAGGCGCCUCCUACUUCUCCCCCGCGAACCUGCGCGCCGCGGCCCAGGACCCGCGCUACAUGUCCCUUGUGACGAGCUACAUUGCGCGGCAGUACACGCUGCGGUAUGCGGGAGGGCUGGUUCCCGACGUCGUGCAUAUGCUGGUUCAGGGCAAGGGCGUCUACCUCAGUCCCGUGACGGCGCAAAGUAAAGCCAAGCUCAGGCGGCUGUAUGAGCUGUGUCCGUUGGCGCUGGUGGUGGAGUGCGCGGGUGGCGAGGCGGUCGAUCCGAGCGACGGGCGGCGCGUUCUGGAGACGGUGGUGACGAGCUGCGAUGAGAGAAGUGGGGUUGUGUUUGGGAGUGGGGAGGAGGUGAGGGCGGCCGUGGGCGUGCUGAUGGGGAAGGAAUAA